AAACCUCGAGAGCUGCAGCUUGAUGAGAUGGACCUUAGGAAGAUGUUGGGUUUUAUAUUUCUGUUUUUUAUCAUACAAGAAUGUACCUCCAGACCUACUGAUAUGGUGGACAGUACUGACCUUGAAUUAGAAGACCCUGAGCUAGUAAGAGCUGAAGCCCUGAAAAGACUAUUGGAAGUGUUUGGUAUUGAGGAACCACCACAGCCUCUUCAGCAUGUCAAGCAGCCACCUCAGUAUAUGGUGGACCUUUACAACACAGUAGCUGAUGAAGAUGGUGUAACCAAGGACCCAGACCUUCUAGAAGGAAAUACAGUCAGGAGUUUUUUUGAUAAAAUUCACAGCGACCAUAUGCAUUUCUUGUUUAACCUCUGGACUGUGGCCAGAAACGAGAAGAUUCUAACAGCAGAACUUCAUCUUUUUAAAUUAAAACCAAGGCCUUCCGAGCAAGCUUACUUCAAAAGGCACCACUUCUGCCAGAUAAGUGUCUAUAUGGUCCUAGAUAAAAAUAAGAUACAGUUGCCACAAGGAAGAAAACUGCUAUCAUCAAAACUUGUACCAAUUCAUUCUUCAGGAUGGGAAGUGUUUUCUAUAACCCAGGCUGUCCGAGCUUGGAAUGAUGAAAGUGCUAAUCAUGGCAUCCUUGUAACUGUCCGAAAUCUGGGAGGAGCACAAGUUGAUCCAAACAUCAUCCGUUUUGCAUCUGGUAGAGAUCACCAUGAAAGCAAACAGCCCAUGCUGGUUCUAUUCACUGAUGAUGGAAGGAGAGGAAUUGUCUCAGUAAACAAUCAGCCUGAUGACCAAUUAAUGCCCCUACCAAAUGUACCUAUGGCACCAACUUCAAACAGAACAAGGCUUGGUAGAUCAGUAGAAGAAGAUGGACAACUGCCAUGCCAGAGACAUCCACUCUAUGUAGACUUUGAAGAAAUAGGCUGGUCUGGAUGGAUCAUCUCUCCUAGAGGGUAUAAUGCUUACCACUGUAAAGGAUCCUGUCCAUUUCCUUUGGGUCAGAACAUGAGGCCUACAAACCAUGCCACUGUGCAGUCUAUCAUCAAUGCCCUCAAACUUACAAAAGGUGUUAGUAGCCCGUGUUGUGUUCCUGACAAACUUUUCUCCAUAAAUCUACUCUACUUUGAUGAUGAUGAAAAUGUUGUUUUGAAACAGUAUGAUGAUAUGGUCGCUGGCAGCUGCGGGUGCCACUAAAAACAUUUUGGUCAAACACCUACAAAUGGUGGUACUGUCUAAGGUGCAAACUAGGGAAACCCAUAGAAACAGACCCCAUGUUUGGUGAAAUUCUAAAAGCACUGUAUUUUCAGUUGUUCUGCAACUGAGAGUUUCUGAGAACUGGACUGUUAAUGUUAUGCUUUAUAGAUCAAUAAGGCCAGUCAUUUCGGUUUUAGUUUUUCAAAAUAUGAUUACAAGUCUAUAAAGGACUGUAUCUAUAACAUGUAAAUACUGGAAGAUAGUAUUAAACGAUCAUAUUGUUUCAGUCAGUAUCUAUAGAAAAUACUGAUAUCUAACUGCAACAAUAAAAUACAACCUAGUAUCUCAUGUAUACUGUCUGAAAGGGAUGAUAAGAAUUGGAAUGUCCACCUCCUUAUGCAUAGAUUACUGUUAAUGUUACUUCAGAAAGUAUCAUUUAUAGCCACCAUGUGGCCUCUGUGAGUUGUAAUGCAGUACACCACAAAUCCGGCAGGUAAUAACUUAUUUUGUAAAUUGUUCAAAAUGUUUUCCUAAACAUAUAUUUUAUAGGCAGCUUGUGCACUGGCAUUUUAAGAUUCACCCAUUGUCCAUUGCACCAUGGUAAACUGUUUUUUUAUCCCUAACCUAGUGGGAUGUAUAGAAAUUACAGAGCAUAUCAAUUAAUUGCAGGUAGGUACAGCAAUAAAGCAAUACCUAGUACCUAGCGAAACUAGAAUUGAACUAGAAUUGAAUAUUUCUUUCUGCCAUGGUGUUUUCUUGCUUUAACGUUUGUCCACAGCAAAAUUAUCUGUUUGCUCUUUUGAUAUUCUUUUAUUAUACAAAAAUACAUUAAAGGGUGGUUAUGUUUUAAUGAUGUCAGUGCUCAUGUGGCUUUAAACAAAACUUGCCUGUACUGCUUAUUACUCUUUGUAAUAUUUGUAUAUAAGUAAAUUGUUAAUAUAUAAUGCUUGCAUUGUAAAUCUGUAAACUUAAUGUGUGAGGUUCCUUUUUCUUUUAAAAAUGUACAUAUUAAAAUAUAUGCAUUAAAAUAUCAUUUAUAUGCACGAAGCUUGGGAAAAAUAAAAAAAUGAAGAAAA